UCUCUCCUCUGCACAUGGGUUCUGGCUGCAGAGCUGCUCUCAGCUUCAGAGCUGCACGCAAACACAAGUCCAGACCUUCAAGGUUGCUACCUGCUUUCUGUUUGGAAGUUCCUCUGAGCUGCAGAUGCGUCCGUUCCUGCUUUUUCCCGUCAGCGCCGUCAGACUUUAAAGGCUGUCAGAACCCAAAUGAGCAUCUUUACUGAGCGGGUCAGAGAGGAGACGAAGGCUGCAUCAAACAGGACCUCAGACCAAACCGUUAAGGAAAGUUCACCAUGAAAGACAACUACGAUGGAUACGAGAACCAGCUCUUUAAAGACGAGGACUUCACAGUGGAAGAGGAGGAGAUGCCUUCAUUUAGAGGUCGUUCUCGAGGUGGAUGUGUGAGAUGCCAGCAGAGCCAUUCUCUCCAGACGGCAGUGAAAGUCCUGUACGGAUUUGUUGCUUUCCUCAUCAUCAUAGUUGCAGUGCUCGCGUCUCUCGUUUUCAGAAAGAUGAACUACUUAUCUACAGAGGAAUCUUCCUAUCAGAGGAAGAUCAACCAGGCUCAACAAGGAAUAGAUGAUCUGAAGUCUUCGUCUAACUCUUCAGGCUGCUUGGAUCCGACUUUUUAUAGCGAGGAGAUCAGCCGUCUGAAGAAGGAGUUUGAGGAGAUCCAGAAAAGGAUGCUGCGACAAGAACAGGUCCUGGACAGAGCCUCCCAAAUACAGACUGCUACAAGAACUACCAGCAACCAGCUGAAACAGGAAGUCCAAAACCACCUGGUGUCCAUCCGAUUACUCAACCAGUCCCUGGAGAGGUGCGUGGAUAGGGUAGAGGGCUGGAAGGAGGUGAUGGAGGAGACCGAGGAGAAGAUGAAGACGCUCACUGAGGAUCAGUAUCACGUCAAAGCCACAGCGCAGCAGAUCAACACGACGGUGAUGCUCAGCAAAGACUGGAUCAACGUGCUGCAGAGAAAAGCAGACGAGGACUCUCGGCUUCUGCAGACGUUGAACAGCAGCUGGCAGAACAACAGUCAAGUUAUGAGCGCAAUCAUGUCCAACACCAGCAGCAUCUCACAGAACGUGCUCUACCUGCACAGCAACAUCCUCAUAGACCAGCAGAGAAUCGCCACGGCGACGGAGAUGUUCUAUGACCUGUCCCAUCAGGCGAUGAACCUCCAAAUGCAGCUUGACAACGUGUCCUCAUUUAUGGACGAACAUGAGGAGAACGUCCAUGAUCUUCAUUACCACUCCAGAUAUUACGAAAACCGGACGGGCGAGCGUUUCUCUGCGUUGGACGGCCGUUUGAACUCCAUUGAGAUGGAGAUCGACACCAUUUCAUCGAGCAUCAAUGCCACCGUCAUUCACGUCCAGAGCAUGUACAAGUACAUCAACAUCGAGAGCUCGUCCUGCAAGAGCCGUAUGGGAAGACACACAGAAGACCUGCAGAGCAUGAACAGUACAGUCAUGAUACUCCUGCAGUCCGCCGAGUCAUUGAGGGAGCAGAACAUGAUGCUGAAUGUCCGACUCAACAUGGACGUCAGGAACCUGUCCAUGCUGAUGGAAGAGAUGAAGCUGGUGGACAUUCACCACAGCCAGAUUAUACAGAACUUCACCAUUGUAAAAGGUGCUCCAGGGCCUCCAGGGCCUAAAGGAAACCGUGGAGAGACUGGCAUAAGAGGAGCCACAGGAUUAUCAGGAUAUAAAGGGGAUAAAGGCGCCAUGGGAAUCCGUGGUGUAAGUGGACCAAAGGGUUCUCCCGGUUCAAAGGGUGCACCUGGGCAACCUGGUCCAGCUGGGAACAAAGGUCCAGUAGGAUUGAAAGGAGUCAAAGGGUCACUUGGCCCACCAGGCCCAAAAGGUGAGAGGGGCCAGAAAGGGGAUAUGGGUCCUAUCGGUAGUGACGGUGUACCAGGACCCCCCGGGCCCACUGGGUUACAAGGCCAAGCAGGAUUACCGGGCAUCAUGGGACCUCCUGGACCAAGGGGAAUACCAGGGGUUCCAGGGCCACAAGGACCUCCAGGACCUCCUGCUCCAGUCGAAAUAGGAAUGCUGAGUAAGACCCCUCAAACGCACUCUGUGACACCUGGUGUGGACUCCAAGAGACACUAGAGACAAACCCAGAUAUGGACUGUCACGAGCAACAAACUAAAACAAGAUCUAUUGUGAUCAAGGAUCAAAGAAACCAAAACCCUCAAUGACCUGUUGCUAUAAAUCAAAUUGACUCUUUGACUUGAAGUAGAGUGUCUUCCAGAUUAACCUACAAACAUCUAGAAACCCAAAGACAUGAAGGGUCCCUCAGACUGAUCCAGUGUUGGGCACUCUAAGUGUGCAGACAGAAAUUAUAGCUGAGGGUCUUCAUCAGCAUCUAGGACGAAAGACAGAUUUUGACAAAUCUUGCCCCAGUUAUUUUUUUAAAGUUUUACAAAUUUCACACUUUCUUUACAUCUACUUUAAAAAAGACAUGUUCUUGUUUAAAAGAGAGUUCUCUUUGGCUGUUAAAAUGUAGUUUAAAGUCUAUUUUUCAGAGCAGGUACUCUGCAGACACUACCAUGAAUUGCAGUUUCAAUUGAAACAUUUUGCUUUGGUUAUAAAUACAAUUCUAUUGUUUUCUAUUCCUGCAGUUGGUCAAUAAAGUAAAAAAAAGUUUUAAAAAGUCUCUGAUUUCUAUCAAACUGGGAUUUCUUACUGUGUUGUCUUUA